AUGAAAGGGGAACCGGGCAGCCCAGGCUUGCCAGGCAAGACUGGCCCCAUCGGUCCCCCUGGUCCCCCCGGAGACCCUGGGAUGAUGGGCACGGCUGGAGAGCCAGGUAUGCCAGGCAGCUACAAGCAGAAACACCAGUCAGCGUUUUCAGUGACGAGGCAGACGGGCGAGUAUCCCUUCAAGAACGUCCCUGUGGUGUUCAACCAUGUCAUCACCAACACCAACCAUGACUACAACACCACCACGGGCAAGUUCACCUGCAAGCUCCCCGGCCUCUACUACUUCAUCUUCCACACCUCGCAGACCGCCAACCUCUGCAUCAUCCUGUACAAGGACGGGAACAAGAUGGCCAGCUUCUGUGACCACAAGACCAACGCCAUGCAAGUCAGCUCUGGUGGGAUCCUCCUCCGCCUGGGUGCUGGGAACCAGGUCUGGCUGGCGGUGAAUGACUACAAUGGCAUGGUGGGCAUUGGCAACUCCGACAGCAUCUUCUCAGGCUUCCUGCUCUUCCUGGACUAG